AUGAAACUAACAAUGGGGUCUGAGUUUGUAGUGAAGCUUUUCCAGAUUCUUGAGGAGCCCGAGAACUAUCCAUACAUAUCAUGGGCUUUGGAUGGAAGAAGCUUUAUCAUAUCCAAUAUCCAAGGCUUCUCUGAGUUUGUUCUUGAGAAGCAUUUUAGACACAAGAAUUGGAGUUCCUUUGUUAGACAACUUAACAAAUAUGAUUUUUACAAGGUACGAAGGGAUGAGGAAAGGAUAGGAGAGAGAGGGCAAUGGGAGUACAAGAACAAGUAUUUCCAGCGAGGAAGGCCUGAACUACUAGACAAGAUCAGAAGAAAGAAAGCACCAAGUGAAGGGAGCGGGUCUGGAAGUACGAGUCCAAAGCAGAUUGAGAGUGGGAUGGUUUACCAAUCACAUGUGCUGAAUGCUGUUCGGACGAUUUCGAAGUACCUUCAAACUGUUGUUGAGGAUAUCAAUGAUAUAAAGAAGUACAUAUAUCACGAGAGAAUGAGGAUUGCUUCAAAAAUAAAUGUCCUGUUUGUCAAGGGAGAUGUGCCUGGAUCUGAGUGGAUAUGCAGUGCUUUAAAGAUUCCAAACUAUUCCUUGACUAUUGUGGAGGAAAGUAGUGAUGUAAGGAAUGUGAUGAGAUGGAAAUACGAUGUGGUUGUGCUAUAUGCCAGUACGUCUGGAUGUAGUAAGUCUGUGAGUCGAAUAAGAAGCUUGGAUGCAAGUGUCCCAAUUGUUCUAGUUGUUGACGAAGAAUUCAAGAAUGAAUACAUGAACAUCCUAGGAAUUAGGGUGUCUGAGGCUCUUCUGAUGCCUCUUGACCCAAAAGACUUAGUUGAUGCAGUCAAUAGGCAUGGAAGCCAAAGAGGCUUAGAGGGAGGCUAG